AUGUACAAAGUCUUCCCGUCCAGCUUGGGAGAAUCCGGACUUCGAUGGUUUGAUCGACUCCCCGCUGGAUCAAUUUUUGACUGGAAGCAGCUCUCCGAAGCGUUCUUAACUAGGUUUAUCUCCAACACUAAGAUCCUGAAAGAGCCUGAUACACUGUUCAGCCUCCGAAAGGAGCAGGAAGAAACGCUGCACAGUUAUGCAAAGAGGUGUUGGGAAGAGUACAAUGACCUGGAGGAAAACGUUUGCAGUGAGCAGAUGACUGUCAUGUCUUUCAAACAUGAUAUGCUCCCAGAAAGUAAGUUGAGACAGUCACUUACCAAGCGUCCGGCCAUAGCGCUGAAAGAUUUGCGUGUCAGGAUUAAGCAGUACGCUCGCCUCGAAGAUGACCAGAUCCCUAUCGAGGUAGCAUCAGCAGAACAAAUAACUCGGCACAAGAAGAGAACGGACCGAGGGGAACACCGGGGGCUCACGGUGAAUGAGGUGGAUAAGUCCAAAUCUCACGAAGCAGUCAUAACGGUAUUCAAAGAACCAAUCUAUCGUAUCUUGGAAAAGAUUAAGAGAGAACCCUUCUUUGUUUGGCCGCUGAAGAUGAUAGAAGAUUCGGCUCGGCGUAAUUAG